CCAGCGGCGGGACCCCCGCGAUCAGACAUCUUAUCCCCUAUUCUUUUGCGUGGAGUACCCCUUUAAGUUUCUACUGCUGGGGAAAACUGACAGUGCCAUUCACCAAUCACAGGCUGAGGCUAGACACCUCUGUGACCAGUGAUUGGCUGAGCUGUGCUAUAACGUCUCGUCUGCAGCUCUGGCCUGCUCUGGGGAUUAGAAUGUCAGCAGAGACCAUUGGGAGGCUGGUCACCCUGAUAGGCUACAAGGGAGCAGAGGAAGGGUUGUCUGCUGGAGCCCCAUGUCUUUAUGAAGAAACUUCAGGACAUUUGAAAAAAACUGAUGUUGAAAGCACAAAAAUUGGUUCUCCGUGGCCGGCUUUGCGUAUCAACACAAAUAAGGUGGAAGAAAAGAAACUAUAUGAAAAGCCUCUCCACUCUCCAUUAUCUCCACUAUCUCCCCCUUCAUCUGCUUCUGAUCACAUGAAAUGCAACAUACUCAAAGCACAGAUGGAUGCAGUGGGACCCCAGGUUGGAAGAGAAGAGUCAUGUGGGUCAGAUUUCAGUAAGAGUCCAAGCCUUCAGGACACUAAUGUAAGAAGUCCAGCAGCGUCUCUGCGGGCUGAGAGCACACAAUCCACAGGAUCAUCUUCAAGCAAGCAAGAAGGCCGACCAGCAAGAUUAAAAAAGCUGACACGACAAUUCAGUUUUAACCACAGUGAUGAAGAUGAUCUCCCCCCAGCACUGGCUGCAGUGGCUGCCGAAUCAGCUGCAGAACAGAGGGCUGCGCUUCUCCUGGCUUCCAAUGGAAACUCUCAAGCAUCCUCCAUUGAGAAGAGUCCCAAUAAAGCAAGCAGCUCCUUCACAUUAGAACCUGGCAAUCUUUUAAUGGAUUUCACAGAAGCUACACCAAUGAUAAAGGCAUAUCCUGCUGAUCCAUCUAAUUCAUUUUUUGACCCCUAUACAACUGUGCAACAAUACCCUGUGGAUUUGUUAGAUUCCCCAUUGCAAAUAUACACUGCACAGACUUCCCCAAAGAGACUUUCACGGUCAAUUCACAUGGUGACUCCAAGGCAACUGAUGAACCAAGCACAACCAAUGCAGACAACACAUUCUUCACACACCUCAAACGUGGACAGUUCUGAAGCUCUAAGACGUGAACUUGAGAGAGAGAAGAUGAUGAAACGCCUUUUGAUGACAGAGCUAUAAAUUCUUGUUCAUCAUCAGACUGCUGGACUGGGGCCUGUCGAGUGCCUUCUGUCAUUUAGCAUUCCACUGUGUUCUUAAGCAGGUGGAUAUAUCCUACUGCAUUGGAAAUGGGCCAAAACUAGUGAAGUUUAAGAAACCUUACUGCAUGUAAAAAGGGGGGGGGGGAAAAAUACUGUUUUAUCUUGUAUACUGAUUGGAUUUUGUACAUAAUUUAGGAGAUUAACAUUCUACAGAGUAUUUUAAUAGCUGAAACGAUACAUUUUAUUAUGCUACACAGCUUAAUAUUUUUCAAUAAGGAUGUUCUGAAAUAUUUCUCAUGCGAUGUAAAGUGAGUGAUGCAGUGUUGAGGACUUUUCUUAUCAUUCUACCCAGUAUGACACAUCUGUUUUAGAUGUUAAUGUUUUACACACUCAACCUUUAUAAAAAGAAACAGUUUACCUAUUAUGCUACAUACCUGUCCAUAAAAUGUUCCCUGAAAUAUGCAGGUCAUAUUACAAGUAAAAUAACAGAAGUGGUUACAAAAUCUAAUGCUGAAAUAUUAUAAGUAGAGAUGAGUGAAACUUAAAGGGGCAUUCAAGGAUUUUUUUUUAUUUGACUAUGCUAAAGUGGCUGUAAAGUUAGUGUAGUUCAUAAUAUAGUGUCUGUACCUGUGUGUGACGGUUUUCUCACAAUUUUUCUGUGAUUUUCACUCCAAUAUUUAUUUUUAACAGCAUACAAAAUGACUGUUGUCUCAGAUUUUUCCCAGCUUGCAAUGUGGCAGAGACCUGACUCACUAGUCAGCUGAUGACUGGGAGCCUGUCUGCUUCAUUGGGUAGAGGGAUCGCUUGGUGGGAGAGGGAUCAAUCUGCAACUAAUGCAACAGCUGUAGGCACCCUAAUUGAAAACCACAGGUCUUUUGAAUGGAUGCAGCUCAUUUAUGUUUCAAUUGGUGGGGUGGCUGAUGUGUGGGAGGGAGGAACAUGGAAUUGUGGGAUUUGUAGUCAAAAAAAGAAAAGUCAAACAGGAAAUACAAAUUAACAAACAGCUAGCCACAGCGUUAAUCGUAAUCUCACAACAUAGCCAUUUAGCCCCAAGACAAGCACAGAUCCUUCCUAAGCAUGUCCAUUGCUGCCUACCAGGUAUGUACUAAAAUCACCUUAUGGUGGAUAACCCUUUUAAAAUAUCAACUAGCCAGUGUUUAGGUAGAUAAGCUUGUCCAAUGCAAUUUGUGGUGAAAAGGUAUAAAACAUAAUAAUGCAUAAGAAAAACUUUGCCAGCCACUAAAGAGAGAAAGGUUUCUAUACAAUAGAGAUAUAUCAGUACAGUGACCCCCCGACUUAUGAUGGCCCCGACAUAUGAUCAUUUCAACAUAUGAUGGCCUCUCAGAGCCCAUCGUAUGUUGAAGGCAGCAUCAACAUAUGAUGCUGCUGUGUGUCGGGGCCAUCGUACAAACAGCUAUCUGACGGCGCUGACAACUUCAGCAACUGACAGAUAGUUGUUUAAUGUGCCCCGUGUGUCCCGUUCUGCCUCCUGUUACUCACAUGCUGUCCUGCUAACUCAUACAGGCUUCCACUGUGAGCUCUGUGUAAGGCCCCCCCCCCCCCCCCCCCCCAGUGCAGCCAUAGCCAAUAGCCUGGAGCAUCUUGCUGCAGGCAUCCAAUGAGCUGCUGGCUGCCCUCCCCUUCCUUUCCUAUAGAGCUGUAGUCAGCAGGAUAGUAAUGGAGGACAUUAUGUCCCCCCUGAAGGUAUUUGAAGAACUGUACAGUACUGUAUGCGACGUCACACAUCACAUACAAUACAUAGACACACUAUACACCCCAUACAUCAAUGUUUCCCUAUCAGUGUGCCUCCAGCUGUUGCAAAACUAUAACUCCCAGCAUGCCCAGACAGUCAAUGGCUGUACAUGCAUGCUGGGAGUUGUAGUUGUGCAACAGCUGGAAGCACCCUGGUUUGUUAAACACUCCCCAUACACUCCACAUACAAUGGUCAUCCCAGAACCAAUUAGCAGUUUCCCAUAGAGAUAUGUAUUCAACAUACAAUGGUUCCAAGGCCCCAGAACCAAUUACCAUUUUUACAUAGACAUAUGUACUCGACAUACGAUGGUUUCAACAUAUGAUGGUUCUCCUGGAACCAAUUAAUAUCAUAUGUUGAGGGACCACUGUACAUUGAUGAGAGAAGUUUUCGGUCAGAAAGCAAAGGCAGCCAAAGUAAAUUUAGUAGUGGUACAGUUGGCUAGCAUGUGAUACAAUUUCUAUGUAGCGCCAUGAUUUUGAUGGAGGCUCCAGAAAUAGUAGACUAGGGCACAAAGAUUUCUGAAACAACAGAGUAUUUUCCUUACAUAUUACUUAAAGCAUUACUGUCAUUAGUUGUAAAAUCCUCCAAAAUCCUCAAGCUGGUGUAAUAAUUAGCUCUAACAUAAAUAUGCACAUCAAUAUGCAUUGUUUGUAUAAAUACCUUAUUUUCUUCUCUUUUGGGGUACACACUGUCACUGAAUUUUUGCUGGUAGCUGUGGUUGUUUCUUGCUUUGCUGUUCUUGGCAUUUCCUUAGGAGCAGAAUGAACUUACUCCUCCCACCCCCCUUCCUCUCACCUCUCACCUUUCACAUGGCCUUAACAUGGAGCAUACCAUGUCCACAGUAUACAGUGUAUAUCCACAAGAAAUCCUUUCAUUUUUUUGCCCAUAGAGAAACAUGUGUGCACUAGUGUUGCUCACUAAUAUUCGCAAUGCAAAUUUUAUUCACGAAUAUCGCAUAUUCGCGAAUAUAGCACUAUAUAUUCGCAAUUACGAAUAUUCUUUUUUUUUUCCACAGUACACAUCACAGUGAUCAUCCCUCUCUGCUUCCAGAUUGUGUGGGUAAAGAAGGCUCUAAUACUAAUGUGUGAGACUGGCGUGUGAAUUUUCGCAUAUGCAAAAUUUGCAUAUGCUAAUUUUCGAAUAUGCAAAUGUUUGAUUAUGCUAAUUUUCGCAGAUGCAAAUUUUUCGCAUAUGCGAAAAUAAAAUGCGAAUGUUACGAAUAUGCGAAUUUAGUGAAUAUAUGACGAAUGUUCGUCCAUAUAUUCGCGAAAUAUCGCAAAUUCGAAUAUGCCCUAUGCCGCUCAACACUAGUGUGCACAUAAAAAAUAACUGAGAUAGUACCUUGUAUUGGGGGUCAGUGAGCCUGGAAGUCAAUGGUCUCCUCUGUAAAUGCUGCAGAUGUCUGGCUCCUGUCUCACUCUCAUAUGGAUCAGACGCCAUCUAAGGCUUCUUUUACACUGCCGUUUGGACAUGGCAAUGUGAUGUCUGUCGUGGAAGCUGGGGAGAAUAGUGGGAGGAAAAAUACAUCAUACAAGGUUUUUUUCCUCCCACUACUGCCAUCGAAAAACAAUGGCGCCCGACUGACCCCAUAAUAGUAAAUGGGAUCUGUCGGGACCCAUUGUUUCCCAUUAAAAAGAAUGUCCGUUAAGGCACAAAAAAAGAGUGCCUGAUGGACAGGGCACAACAUCAGUGCUAAAGGGGCCUAACACUGUUUAAUUAGGUGGGAGUGAAUAUAUCUAUAUGUAUAUAUAUCUUUCCUUUCAUUCUGUUUUGAGGUCUCAUCUGACUAGACUACAAGUGUUGGGCAAUGAGAUUACAGAGAGUGAAAGCCCUAGUGGCUAUUUAAAAAAAAAUAUAGUAAAAUAUAUUUUUUAAAGUAUUUUUAUAAAAUGUAAAAUUUUUAAACCCUGUGUAGAGCUUGGAUGGCCACUAUAAGGUUUUUAAUCUAUAUGGUAACAUUAUUCAGGCACUACAAGAAUUUGGAACAUCUUCAGACUUUCUCACUUUUUCACAUUUUGUUAUGCUAUGGCCUUGUGCUAAGAUAAAAAAAAAUCAAGUUUUUCCACAUAAUUUUGCACUCCAUUUCCAUAACAACAAAGUGAAACCAGAAUGAUAUAAAUCUUUGAUUAUUUACUGAAAAUAAAAUAACUAAAAUACUGCAUUGACAAAGUAUUCAGACACUUUACUCAGUACGUAGUUGAAGUACCAUUGCAGCCGUUACAGCCUCCAGUCUUCUUGGGUAUGAUGCCAAAAGGUUUGCACACCUGUCUUUUACUGAGAGAGGUUUCUUUCUGGCCACUCAGCAAUAAAGCUUAGAUUGGUGGAGGGAUGGAGUGAUAGUUGCCCUUCUGAAUGUUUUUCCCAUCUGCACAGAGGAUCUUUAUACCUCAACCAGAGUGACUAUUGGUUUGGUCACCUGGCUUGUAAAGGCCCUUCUCCUCCAAAUACUUAGUUUUGUGGGGCAGCCAGCCCUAGGAAGAGUCCUUGCUAUUCCAUGAGUCACCAACAGUUUUAUUUUAAACUCAUUGAUUUUUUUAUUUACAUAUUCUAAACCAAAAUACACAUUAAUCUCCACCAAAAUCGCCACAACAUAGUGUGGAUUUGCUACUGUUGAUUAUCGUAAAAAAAAAAAAAAACGUUGACAUGUCAUAAAACGUGCCAAAAGUUACAAUUGGUUGGGGUCUCAGUUCCGAGACUAUAUCACUAGAUAUAGACAGCAGUGCCUUUCACACCAUGACUUUUCAUGUAAUGGGCUUUGUAGACUGUAAUAGAGCCUCCUGCAAUAAAUCUCCUGCCAUGAAAGCCGAGCCAGGGAGUGAAAUAUGCUACAUGCUAACACCCAACUAUACCUAGCGAUUGGUUAGGGUCUCAGCACUGAGCCCUGACCAAUCAAAACUUUGAUAUGUCUGCUUGACAUGUUAGAAGUUUUUUUUCAUGACAGUAAUGCUUUAAACUCGAAUGCUUUGAAAACACUUUUAAAAGCAUUAAAGGGUACCUCUCAUCAAAUAAACCUUUGAUAUAUUUUAGAUUAAUGAAUGUUGAAUAACUUUCCAAUAGCAUGUUAAUGUAAAAUAUGCUUCUUUCUAUUGUAUUUUUCCCAAUCGGUCCUGUCAGCAAGCAUUUCUGACUCAUGCUGGAGUUCUAAACACUCAGAGCUGCCAGCCUGCUUUGUUCACAGCCAAACAGGCUGUGAACAAAGCAGGCUGGCAGCUCUGAGUGUUCUCCUUUGUGAACAAAGCAGACUGGCAGCUCGUAGUGUUUAGGACUCCAGCAUGAGUCUGAAAUGCUUGCUGCCAGAACUGGUAGGGAGACCCCUAGUGGUCAUUUCUUCAAAGUGGAAAAUUAAAUAGAAAGAAGCAUAUUUUUUAAUAACAUGCAAUUGUAAAGUUAUUCUGCAUACAUUAAUCUAUAAUAUAUCAAAAGUUUUUUUGAUGAGAGGUACCCUUUAAAGAGUUGGCUCAUUAAUCAAAACCUGAUUGCCCCAGUUCUGAACUGUCCCAACAUGGCAGGGGGAAAGUAUAGAUAGGUGGAGGCCACCAGAAUGGGAGCUACUUGCUGGCAAUGUCCACAUACAAAGAUAAGGCACACAAAGACUUUUAUUAUUUAUUGCAUUCUUACAUACAUACAUAAAUAUGGUACAUACACGCAUUUCACAAAUGCAUAUACAAUGCACAUAUACACAUACACACACAUGCAUAUAUAUAUAUAUAUAUAUAUAUAUAUAUAUACACACACACAUGCAUAAACACUCACAUAUAAAUUCAGCACAUCUGUAUACCGUACAGUGAAUUCAAAAAGGUGUCCCAGUGGGUCUCAGGAUUAUUGACUUCAAAUCCUAUCCCCUUAUUGCAGGGUAACCCCUCCGGGGAAUAAUACCCUAAACUAAAGACCCACCUAAAAUAUAACUUUUCUUGUUUCAUUUAAAAGAUUAAUAUUAGAUGUAGCCCACUAGGUGGUGCUGUUGUGUAAGUCUCAACUCCUGAUGCCUAUUCACAUCCAGUUAUCGGCAUAUGCAAGUUAUUGCUGAGACUAUGUCUCGGCGUCUCAUCCCACACUUCCUGUCUAAAAACCAGCGUACCCCGCCUUAACGUUUCGCUAGACAACCUAGCUUUAUCAAAAGGACAUUGGUUAUGAUGUACAGUGCACACAUAUCUAUUCACACACAUAUAUUUACAAACAUUAAACACAUGCCUAUGCAGUGCACACGUACCUAUAUACAAACAAGUUAGAAACAUACCUAUAUACACGUCAUAUUUACUAGCAAGUGCAGCGCAAGGAAAGCCAUGGGGAUCGAAAACUUUUUCAUUUUUUUUUCCUGUCUGCUGCAAGGUGCCACCCUAGGCCCUCCAGUGUCUAGUAGAAAAUAUGGCCCUGGUAUAAUAGAAAACAGAGAAUGAUUUUGGUGCUUAUGCUUAGAGUACCUCAGCAGGGGUAAUAGCAACCUCUAUACCAUAUGUAUACCUAGAACUUUGGCAAUAAAUGGCCGAGUUGAGCUAUUUUCUAAAUCAUUUCUAUUUUACCUAAUUCUCCAUAGAUUAUAGACUCAAUUGUUUCACUAAUCUCUAUCUCUAUUAUGUGGAUACAUGACAGACCACUGUGACAGACUGGUGGCCUGAAAACAAGCAGUCAAAAAUUGGGAACACAAGUAGUAAGUGAUCUAUUAUACCAUUUCAGACAGUUUAGUCUCUCUAGCCUAGGAUUCAAGUUGAGUGUUGUUUUAUUUCCAUAUAUAAUAUAAGUGUGUUUUAUGGUAAAAUAAACCUUAUGUACCAUAUAUGAUAUGUCCUUUUCACCUUUAGCAUUGUUUAAAUUGCUAAUUUAUCAAGCCACACUUUUUAAUAGAUCAUGAAUCUUCAACAUAGUAUGUGUAUAAAAGCGAGUCACAUGUAAGGGAUACAGUUUCCAGGGCCAUGUUUUCUUUUGUUUUUGCUUAAGUUAUUUUAAUUGCAAUUUCAACAUUUAGAAUUCUUCUUUCUAUGGAAAAUGUUACUCUGGGAAUACUAUAACUGCCUGUAUUAUCAUUAUAUGCACUAUUCAAAUAAAAAGUAAAAUGUUCCACUGUAUAUACAUGAUUUAUCCUUAUGGGUAUAUGUACACUAACAGUGACUUCUUAACCUAUGUUUUUUGGCAUAAGUAUACCAUGAAGGCCGCUUAGGAAUGGUCCAUGUUAAUCAGUGUAAGCAGGAGGGGGUGUGGGAAGGAGGAGGCGCACUGCUGCUGUUCAACAAUGCCUCCAUGGCACUUCAACUGCAAAAAAACAAAAAAACUGAUGGAUUGAUAACAUUGCAAAUGGCCAUGAGGGGAUUUAAAGUUUUAUCUUCACAUGGUUAGUUUUGUCUCCACAUGAGUAAAUAUUAUCUGUUUACUUAGUAAUAAUGAUGUUAAAAAAGCAAUUCUGUAUUUUUUUCAUACAGUGUCGCAUAGGCUAUUAUUAAUUAAAAGUUUUUUGGGACCUAAUAGGACUUUUGGAUAUUAUGGUUACUUGCUGUAUCUUUGGAUACCAAGAUUUGGAGGGCCAUACUGGAUACAGUACAACCAGACGUUCUUGAUGUGUACAUUAAAGGAAGAGGAAAUGCAUAGAUGUUGCUAAUGCACUCCUAAAAGGAAUUAGGAAGCAUCAACUUUAGGCACUGUGGAGAAAGUUCUAGUCCAAAAUUUUGCCAUCUAUGCUGAAGUUGUGAAAGCAAAUCUCUGUAUAACUGGCCCAGGGAGGAAGAGAGGUCUCUGCUAGUGUGUUAAACAACUUAAUGUACAUUUCUUCUGCUACAGGCUGCAGGUACCUGCUGCUACUUUCCUCUUCUUAAACCUUGGAUUUAGGUUGCCACAGCCACCACCCCCUCUAGAUUACAACAGAUUCGGCAGCAUAUUUGAAGAAGCGUGUUGUUGUUAUAUACUCCUGGAUGGUUAGGGUACUGCAGGCUCUGUUUUUUUUGUGUUGACAUUAUUAAAGCUUUUGUUUCUGGUCCUGUUCCUGUAGAAAACAUGACUCUUAGAGCUCCUAUCCAUCUCCUCCCACUAAAGUCGUGGUAGUAUUUUUUUCUACUACUUUUUUUUUUUUUACACGAAGAAGGCCAGGACUUCAGGGAAAAAAUAAAACCAUUUUUACACAUGAUGAGUGGACCCAUUAACCCUUUUUUUGGCUAGUGCUAAGCCCCCCACUCACACACACUAUUACCCUGAUACACAUCGGCACCGGGGGUACCAAGGAGAGCCAGGUACCAUCUUUUCCAGAGCGUCAAAAAAUUAUGCUUUGAAUGGGAGGUAAAAGGCUGUACUUAUUAGGAUGGCAACAGGUAAAAUAUAUGUUCCUUGCCACCAUGGUACUGCUUGGUUUUGUUCCUGACUGAUUAUUAAUUAAAUGGGGGAAGCUGCUAUUUAUUUAGGAAAAAAAGCCUUUUGUCAGGGACCAAUCAGGGGGACAGGGAGAGUGUACCCUAAACUGACCCUAAAACCACUCUCCCUGCCUACUUGCCCAUCCACCCUAACCGGUGGAUCAACAAUUGGGCGCCAGUCCUUCCUGAGCUAAGGUGCAGGGGCCUAAUAAAAACACAUACUAAUAAAUAGUCGGUCCCAAAUCAGAAACAUAAUAGGAACAUACAACUCUAUAACUGAUUAAGUUCAGAGGACACAGAUCAGUGAGCAGCACAGGAGACACUAUGGAUCAGCGGUCAUGAACAGAGGACACUAUAGAUCAGUGGACAUGAACAGAGGACUCAAUGCUCGUAAACAGAGGACACUAUAGAUAAGCGGUCAUGAACAGAACU